AUGGCAACGGCGUCAUCGGAGAGCAACAGCAAGCGCAAGCGGAAGCGCAUGAGCAAGCUACCAGCAGCAACAACGGCGUCGCUGUCGUCGUUGCCUCGAUCCUUUGCUGUCGAUGCCCAGCUCCAGACACUGGAGAACUGGCAUCGUGCCUUGACGAUCGACAUGCGUGAGCUGCGGCGCGAGGGCUCUCGCGUUCGCUCUGAAGUAACAAAAGUUCAAGACGCGGUCCAAGUUGCAGUGGAAAAGGCCGCGCGCUGUGUCGUGCAGACCCAUACAGCAGUGAAGGUCAGCGGUCAAGUGAAAGAGGAGACACAGCGCCAGCUCCGAGCAGCCGAGACGCGGUUCAAGGUCGAGUUGAGUCAAUUAACCACUCGCUUGAUGAGGAUGGAGACGAGGCUGAGCCAGUGCACGGACAAGAGCGUCACUGAGGAGUUUCUCAUGACGCAGCUGACGGAGCUCCACGAGCACUACGAGAACGAGCUGAUGAAGGUGCGCGAGGGACGGGACGUGGUGUUGGACACGCAGGAGCAACAGCUGAAGAAGGUGGUCCAAUGGCAUGACGAGACGAUGCAAGAGGUCCAGUUAUUGAGGAAAAUGAUGCAGUCAUUGAAGGACGAGACGUCCAGGACAGGGCAGCUGUGCGGGUCACAGGACGGAGCAGUCACGUGGCAAGAGAUGCAGAAGCUGCGGCAGCAAGUAGAGAAGAUGGAGAACGAGAAGCGGGAGGAACAGAACAACACGAGAGCAGAGCUGGAGGCGCUGACGAACAGAGUGAGGGAGAUCGAGAGACAAGGUGUGGACACGAUAUCUCAUCGUGUGAUGGACAGAGAUGAGGUGAGAGAGGACGGAUGUACAUCUGCAGUGGGGUGGGCGACGCCAGAAUCCCUUGACAUGCCUCGUCUUUUAAAGGAUGUUGUGCGUCAAGAGGAUUUGGUUGGGAUCCAGAAUGAAUUACGACGGAUCAAUCACGACUUUCAAGCUGUUGGUAUCGAUAUUGCAUCGCUUGCAAAGCAGAUCAGUGCUCGGGCGAGUCAGCAAAAGCAUAUUGCUGAAACAAGGCUGAAAGAACUGAGUACGCAGCUGUUCGACGCACUAGAUCAUGAUUCACGGCUGCAUGCUACGGAGAUCACACGACUGAAAGACGCUUUGUUUGACGUGCAGAGCAAACAUCGUGAAUUUGAUCAGGGGAUGAGACGACUGGAUGAUGCCGUCCGGCACACAGUCGCUGCUCGACGAGACCGUGGACAAGGCUCGGACUGGCAAUACGGUGGAUCUCCGCCCUCUGUACCGCUGGCAUUGCAGCCACCGCGAUCACCUUCAGUGACCUUUCGGAACUAUCGAGAAAGACCCUCACGUUACGAGCCAGCGCAAGAGUCUUCAUCAUAUGAUAUCACAUGGGCAUCACGGAGAGGACGUCGGAGCCGGAGCCGAAGUCCGCAUCGUCGGGGCCGUAGCCCGCACAAUCGUUCGUCGUGGGGUGAACCUCAAUAUGAUUCUUGUUACAGCGAAUACGAAUCGGUGACAUCUGCCCAAGACGCUCAAAGUGAUGAUCACUCUCGUUACGACAGUCAAGGAUACAAUUCGCGAGGUAAUGAUGGAGUCGACUAUGCUACGAAUCCGCGUACGUUAUGCACGGACUCUGCGCAAGUUGCUUACAGGGAUACCAGGCAAGAUGCAGUAGAGCGAAAGCAAGAAUCGACUCGACCUACUCGCCGCAAAGGACGGUCUCGCAAGACACAGGAGGUUAUUGUCAUUGAAGACGACGACGAUGACGACUAUCACGGAGACCGUAUUGCAGUCGAACGAGAGCCGUUCGCAACUCGAAGUGAGGCCCCUCUUGAUGUACUGUCGGAUGAGAAAGAAGUGCUGCAGCCUACUGAUGUUGUUAUGAUCACACCAGCCGUUGAUGUUGGUGUAAUGGCACCAUCAGCCAGCUUGGAGGGUGCUCGUGCCGAAACGAAUGAUCGGUUGCAGCAAGAAGAAGAUCUACAAAUGGGCUUUUUGCUGUACUUUUGCUUGGGUGGCGCUCCCGAUCUGAACGUCCAAUGGGCUACCAGUUUUACACAGCUGAAGGACGAUGAGUGUGUAGAACUGUCUCGAGUGCAUCGGUUUCAGCUUCGAUACGUUUUUCUGCAAAUUUUUCCGGUGUACUUGACGCAGUGCCUUCUUCAAGCCGUGGUUUUGAACAGGCAGAAUGUGCCAGAACGGAACAAUUCGGAGGCUUCCCGAAUAACUUGUGCUCUCGAUGCUUGUAGCAUACGCGCCAAGUAUUGUGAUAUCAUAAAACAGAAGCAUCUUUUGUGGGCCGAAUAUCUGAUCGAGCACUUGACAAAACGAGCCCAUGGAACGGACGCAUCGACUUUUGACAAGCUAGGACUGUCUGUGAACCCUGCGAGUAUGUCCAGCGCUGCGAACAGUGAUGACGUUAUUAACGAAUGGAGUCGUCGUCAAGAAAGGGCGAUGCAUGCCGUGGCUCGUGCGCUUCACUGUGGAUCAUUCUUACCAGCGAUAAAGUGCAAUGUGGACACGUCUGCAUCCGUCUAUCUCUUUGCGCUCAUGUUUGAUGUGCUUACGGUGACGAGUGAAUGUCCUCAAUUCGGUAGCUUCCGCUUGAAUGGUUUCGGUAGUGAGUUAAUGGCACAUCUCUGGGACCACACGCUAAAGAAGCUGCCGUACAUGUUUUUUGCUGAUUGGUCGUGGCUCGACGAUCAGUUGACAACGAAGAAGAUGCCGGUGUUGGCUUUCUGUCACGUGCUGGCAAGCAUUUUGCUGUGGAAUAGUGCGAUUGAUGGUCACAGUCUAACAAAUCUGAACAUCUACGCAGCUGCUGUGAAGCACGUGCUGUCGAGACUAUGUGUGAAAGGUGAACCCGUUGACAAGUCUGCCGCAGACAGAGACUCCAGUCUUCUCCAACUUGCCGAGUGGGAGUCCAGCCGCAUUGAGCUGGUCGAUCUGGACAGUAAAUUUGCGUCAAUGCUUGGGUUGGAUGGCUUCUUUGAAGUGACGGAAGCCAUACAAAACAACAAGCUAGCAGCAGCAAGAGUACCCAGAAGUAACUAG